AUGGGGGACACACUGGAUCUCCCCUCGUCAAUCUCAGAGUGGCAGCUAGCCACUGAGUCCGAGGAUCUCGUCGGCGUGGGCAUAGAAGAUGGGCCUCUCGUUGGAGCCGGCUACUUGAGCUACCGCCGGUUUCUCACCUUACGCGUAAUCUGGAAGAAUAUCUCGGCGGUGUCCUUUGAUCCAAAAAUGUUCGAUCUCGAUCAAUGGAUGGGGCACGCUACCGAUGUACUAAAGGACUAUCAAUCAUGGCAUGAUUACAACGAAAGUUUCAAUGGAAACCCUGACGAAGGGAACUUUGCUCUCGCACGCGUCUUCCAGGCCCAAGCCAGCCAGGUUCAAAGUAAUAAUAUUGGUGACAAAGUUGUGUUUCGCAAUAACGCCACAUCGUCCUCUGGGACUUCGAGCCUCUCCGACGAUAUCCCACGACAUGAACUCGAAGAAUGGCCACAAAACGAAUACGAGGACUCAAGUUCAGACAUAGAUCCAAAUAUAAAUGAAGACUGGAACAUGGAGUACUUAGAACCUGAUUGGGAGCCCACGAUAAAGACCGCGCUUGUUCUUUUCCUAACUGCCAUCACAAUGUCCGUCCCAGACCUCGGGGUCGAGUGGGUGAUGUGUAGAAAGACAUUGACGACCAAGUUUAUUCCCGACAUUGUGAAAUACAAAGUCCACGUGGAUGCGUUUCUGAAAGGCAAAAACGACGACGUGGCGCGUGUACUCGUCGAUGUGAGGGAGCCUAGGCGAAGUGAGCCUACGCGAAUUGAAAUGACCUCUGAGAUCCGCAUUCAAGAAAGCGCGCAGAUGGUGGCCUGGUUGAUGACGAGCCCUGAUCGUCCCCAGCGGCAAGUCUAUCCCACCUCUCUCUAUGCUCAACUUGUGUCAUUGAUAAGAUGGCUUCAUCUUUCCCUGUAUUUGCUAAUUCCUGCCAAUAGACGGAUCAUUAUCUCGCAAGACAAAGACGAGAUAUUCCUCAUCUUCGCUGAAUACGGCAAGCCAUAUACGAGGUAUCUCGACUCGAUAGGGGAGGCAAACACCCACUCCAUCGAUCCAAAAUCAUUCUUGACCAUGUAUGAGGUCGGUCCUUUCAAUACAAACCAUCAGCCGGCCAUGAGUAAACUCGGAGCCAUCAUACUUGCGUUGGUACUUCGUGAUGCCCGGUACAUUUACAAGCGGCCGAACAUGGACGGAGGGACUUGUCCACGAGGGAAAAUCGUAUUUGGUGAUCUUACUCCGGCUGAAAUGUAUGGCCCUUUUCAAGCAGACAACAUCUGGUUUUAA